CGAAACCAUGGACAACAUAGACGAAUGGUGGGAACAAUGCGGCAUAACGAUCGGGGAGUGGGCAGACAGCGAAGAAAAGUAGAGCUAGUCAAAAGACUUUACUACACCUAGAAGGAUUAUUUUGCUCUAUCGCUGAAAGAUUGGACAAAAACAGAAAUUGUUGAGCACGCGGUUAACUUGGUAGAGAAUUCGAAACUAUAGACAUUCCGCCCGAUCCGUUAUUCCAAGGAUGCAAGGUCAUUCGCACAGAAAAUAUUUCCGUCAAUGGAGGAAGCGGAGAUGAUCUUUCAUGGCGAUUCCCCCUAUGCAGCCAACACUUUGCACCCACCAAAGCCUAACGCGAAGACGAAAGGGGAGAGAAGAACAGUCCACGAUUUCCGCCCCGUUAACGCCAACACCAUUAAGUCGGCUUACCCGUGUCACGACAUGGAGGCUAGUGCCGAUGAUUUGCUGGUUGGAAAAAUGGCAGUAAUGUCAACGACAGAUGCGAAGAAUGGGUACUGGGCGGUGGGAGUGAGAGAAGGACAUCAAUGGACAACAGGCGUGAGAACGCCGUGCGGAAUGAGGUACUUGGAGAGAGAAGUUUGCCGAGGAUUGGGAGCAGAGACAUUGGGCUUGAACGUGGUGCGAAAUAGCGAGUGGAAGAUGCUUAUUGGAUAGGUAGAGACCAUCAUAAUAUUAAUACUUGCGC